AUGUCAUCUCCUUCCGAUGAUAACGAACUUAAAGGUGGACAUCCUCCUGCAUUAAAAGUCGGAGGAAUGAGAAUUCCACAUCACAGAUCAGGUCAUAGCGAAUCGGAUAAAAAAGAAAUGGAUAUGAGCGAAGGAAAUGCUGCAUUAAAAGUAUCAACAAGUCCACCCAAAUCGGUUGCGACAAACAUAUCGGGUGCUAUAGCAAGAGGUAAUGCUGAUUUUCCAACAAAAGCAGUUCAAAGUUUUCAUGAGAAACCCAUGCCUACUCAUGAUGCAAAAUCAGCACCACAAAAGCCUAAUGUUAUUCAACAACCUAGAAAGUAG